AGAAGGAGGUUUAGUUGGUAUCGUGCGAGAACGAUAGUCGAAGAUAAACGCGAAACGUGAAGUAUUAUAUCAACGGUGAAUGCAUCAGCAUCGUAUAGUGCAGAUAUAGAUAAGAAAAAUUGUAAGAAAGAUAAUCACAAAGAAGUUGAAGAAAAUGGUGUCUACCAUCUGUGUAAUCAAUGUUUGAACGAAUUCGACGAAAUAAAGAACGAGAAACGAUUGUUGUGCGUUCAUGAGAGAGAAGAUUCUAGGGCUGCCAAGAUGCCGGAACUCAAGGACGAGCAAAUCGAGCUUAACGACGAGAUCGUUAACCUCGAUCUCGAUGAACCACCCCCAGAAGUUAUGGAGUAUGCUAGAAAAGAAGUUGGAGAAACGGACGAGGUCAAAUGUCAAACAUUGCAAGAAUUACGCGACAUGAUUUAUGAACAAGGUGAAUGCAUACCGCAGAGAAUGGAUGAUGAGUUUCUGAUAAGAUUUCUUCGUGCGAGAAAUUUCAACGUCAAUAGUGCUCAUCGACUGAUAGUGAAUUACUACAACUUCAAGGAAGAACAUCCAGAGAUACAUCAGGAUAUCUGUCCCACCGAGAUGUGCCAUAUCGGUGACGAUGACGUAAUAACUGUGCCAGCUUACAGAACUGAAUGCGGUAGACGGAUGCUGAUUUAUCGUAUGGGUAAUUGGGAUCCACGAAAGUAUCCUGUCGAGGAGAUUUUCAAGGCUACUGUUAUUGUACUCGAGCUGGGCAUUCUCGAGCCAAGAGCUCAGAUUUUAGGUGGCAUCGUAGUUUUCGAUCUCAAGGGUAUCACUAUGUCGCAUGUUUGGACAGUAACACCGCAGAUUGCAAAUAUGAUGAUGGCUUUAAUGGUAACUUCUUUUCCAAUAAAAACUCAUUCUAUUCAUAUACUUCAUCAAUCUUGGAUAUUCGACGCGAUUUAUGCAGUUUUCAAGCCUCUUUUGAAUUCUCGCAUGAAGGACAGAAUAUUUUUCCAUGGCGAUGACAUGCAAAGCUUUCAUAAACACAUUUCGCCUAAUUAUUUGCCCAAGAUAUACGGUGGGACUCGAGAGGAAUUGGCUUAUUACAAGUGGAUUGAAUCUUUGAUCAAAGUGCCGAAAAUUAUUAAAGAGAUGGAACAGCUAGGAUACGUAGUACCGAAUGAUUUUCAAAUACCGAAAAGCUGAAAAUUUAAUAUGAAAAUAUUUUCUUACGUUACUGUAGUAUCAUUAUUCGCAUUGAAUUAUUUUUCUUAUUAUCAUAUUAUAAUCAUUGUACCAUUAUUCAAUUUACGACUUAAUUAUUCAAUAAUAUUUGCCAUUAAAAUAUUUUACA